AUGGCGGCCCUCGCUCAUUAUCUGGUGCUUCCCACUCUCAUUCUUGCCCCGGCGAUGCACAUGCAGACCCAACGCAGAGAGCACUCCUCCACCACUCGUCCCGUGCCUCGCAUGUGGCGCCUGCUCACCGGCCAGCACCUCCAGCGACAGUCCCUUGGUACAUUGCCGCCGGGUGUGCGAGCUGCGCUGACGCUUUCCAUCCCCGGCUCAGGCUCCGUGUCAGGCCACAUCGGGAACCCUCGAUGGAACAGUACUGAUGGCUUGACGUCUGUGUGUGUGGGUGAAACCCCAUCAGAAGGGAAAGAGAAACAAGAGAGCGAUUCAUGA